GAUGCAUUCAUUAUCAACAAACUAUAAAUUGUCAUUGUUUGCUUUGGUUCGCUUGCAUAAUUCUUUGAUUUGUCGCGUUGUGAGAAAGUUAAAAAAAAACGGAGAAAAUUUAUUGACAUACAAUUGAUAUUAGUGUCCUGUAGUAUUGAUAAACCUGAUUUUGUUUGACUGAAUCACUAAAAUGCAGCCGUUGCUAAAAUUGCAUAUUUAUUUGACAAUUAUUGUCAUUAUUGCUUUUAUUAAUAACGCAGACAUGACACAGACUAAAUCACAAAAUGGAAUGAGUGAUUUGCUGGGCAUGGAUGAACCUCCCGAAAAAGUUCCUGAGUUUGAAUCAUUUAUGACAAGGAAACGUCGUGAUGUUGAUGCUCUUGCUGCCGAUGACAUACCAAAGCAGGAAGAGCCUAAUGCCCGCUUUAGAGUUCGUCGCGAAGCUCCUCCUGGUGAAUCCGAUGUUCCAAAAGAAUUCCAAGAAAACGGUAAAAUAAAUCGGGCAAAACGUCAAAUGCCACCACCUCCCGGAGAGAUGCCGAUGCCACCAGUGUAAAGAAUUAAAGUAGAACAACAUUCUCAAACUUUUGAAAAUGUUACCUUUAUUUUUAAAUAUUUCACAAACCUAUUAGGGGACCGUAUGAAUAAAAAAGCAAAAAGAAAAACUUA